GCAGUGUCCGGGUCUCCCGUGCCAAUUGGACAACUAACGCCAUUCUUGGUAGCAAACCAGCAUCCAAGGAAAUUGAGCAAUAACACUCCAAGAAAGCAGCGACAGCAUGAUCACUCACCGCUCUCUCCCUCCAUACAGCCUAUAUUCAUUCUUCCAAGCGACCAUGAUAGAGAUAUGAUGUCUUACACAGAGAUCCAAAAGUUUCCGUCAGAGUUCAAUCCACGACAAGCAGCAAACAUGCCUCACAAAGAAAAAGUCGACAAGUGGAUAGUCAACGUUCCAGCUUAUCCUCACCAGGGUAAGGAGACAUGGUAUAACGAGUGCUAUCCAUCGGUGGUGGAACUGUCGACUGCGUCGACGCCGGAUGAGUCAGAUGUCGAUUUUGCAAGCCACCAAGACAUUAUCGAGUUUCAAUCAAGAAUGAUCACUUUCCUCGUGAACCGCUCGUAUUACAACGACCCCACCGAAGAUAUUAAUCGAGGCGAGGAGUUCGAAG